GGUCCCUAGUGCUGGAGGCGGUGUGUUGCUCUUUAUUGUUCGAGUAGAAAGCUCAAUCCACGGUUCCCACAUUUGUUUCAGCAUAGCCGAGGCGCGACUCUCUCUCUCUCUCACACACGCACACACACAUACACACACUGCCUGUCUGGGGUUAUGGCCACAACACAGAAACCAAGUCCUACCUGAGCGGAGAGGCUUGUGCCGCGAAGACAGGACGGAGGAACCAAACUAACUCGCAGGGCUGUGUUGAAAAUUAAAGGCUAUACUUGAGGAUUAUCACUGGAUCCUGAAGAAAGGGGACGUGAACCGAGGCCCCAUUAGGUAGAGAGCGCCUUACUGUAGAGUCUGUCAUCAUGGUGGAGCCUGCUGACAGGCCGUCUACAGCCGGCCAGAGGCUGGGGGCCCCUGAAAGUUUUGGGGUGUCCACUCUGGAGCCUGGCCUGCGCCCCCCUGCCCAGCCUCCAGGACGGCAAAUCUCCAUACGGGUUCAAAUGCUCGACGAUACACAGGAGGUCUUUCAGAUAUCGCAACGUUCUCCUGGUAAAGUGCUGUUUGACCUGGUUUGUGCUCAUCUCAACCUGGUGGAGGGGGACUACUUUGGACUGGAGUAUCAGGACCAGCGCAAGAUGAUGGUGUGGUUGGAUCUGCUGAAGCCGACAGUGAAACAGAUCAGACGGCCUAAAAACACCAUCCUUCGUUUCGUGGUGAAGUUCUUCCCUCCUGACCACACACAGCUCAUGGAGGAGCUGACUCGGUAUCUGUUUGCCCUUCAGAUUAAACAUGACCUGGCCUGCGGUCGCCUCAUCUGCAACGACACCAGCGCCGCUCUCAUGGUGUCCCAUAUCAUUCAGUCGGAAAUAGGUGACUAUGAUGAGACCCAGAGCUGGCAGCAUCUCCUCCACAAUAAGUAUCUGCCAGACCAGGAUGCCCUCAGGGACAAGAUCAUCGACUGCCACCGCAAGAAUGUAGGGCAGACACCAGCGGAGUCGGACUACCAGCUGCUGGAAAUCGCCCGGCGGUUGGAGAUGUAUGGCGUUCGCCUGCACCCAGCCAAGGACCGCGAGGGCACCAAACUCAGCCUGGCUGUGGCACACACUGGAGUGCUGGUAUUCCAGGGGUACACAAAGAUCAACGCCUUCAACUGGUCCAAGAUUCGCAAGCUCAGCUUCAAACGCAAGAGGUUCCUAAUCAAGCUAAGAGCAGACCCAGCUCAAAAUGCCCACCACGACACGCUGGAGUUCGCCAUGGCCAGCAGGGACUGCUGUAAGAUCUUCUGGAAGAUCUGCGUAGAGUACCACGCCUUCUUCAGGCUCUUCGAGGAGCCAAAACCUAAACCCAAGCCUGUCCUCUUCACCAGGGGCUCCUCAUUCAGGUUCAGUGGUCGAACCCAGAAGCAGAUCAUCGAUUAUGUCAAAGACUCAGAGUUCAAGAAGGUUCCAUUUGAAAGGAAGCACAGUAAGAUAUUGUCCAAUAGCAGCAUGUCUCCUCAGUCUUCUUCAUUCCGCUCACAAGUGCCAAAAGAGAGUGCCAUGUCUGUCCCAUUAGCAGACCAGCCCGACUCUGCUGGAGUGGGCCACAGAGCAGACGCUAAUGGUUCUUGUGAUGAGCCACCAACUGCCACCUCCACCGCCAACGGCUUCCACGACACACUGCCAGCACCAGGCUCAGAGCCAACCCAGUCCCGACAGAACCACCAGGCCACCGGCUCAGCACCAGACCAGCUCCUCAACCCAGGUCCAGCCUGCAGGGCAAACAAAGGAAGUCCCAGUUCUUCUGCAGACUCACCGCUGGCCAGUGCCCAUGUGCUGGUUAAUGGCACCGGAUCUGUCAACGGACAGGCGACAGCCAGCACCGGCAUCCCGGGUCAGAGUCCCGAUGGACGGCUGCCAUCGCCUCUCACCAGCCCUCUGCUCACCGAGGCCGGAUACGUGCGCACGGAUGACGAGGAUGAGGCGAGGAGGAAGAAGUUUCCUACAGACAAAGCCUACUUCAUCGCCAAGGAACUGUUGACUACAGAGCGGACCUACCUCAAAGACCUGCAGGUCAUCACAGAGUCCUUCCAGAGUGUUGUGGGGACAGACGAGGCCUUGCCGGACUCUGUCAGGAACCUCAUCUCUACCAACUACGAUCCGGUCUACAAGUUCCACCAGGGGUUCCUCAAAGAGGUGGAGCAGAGGCUGGCGCAGUGGGAGGGUCGAUCCAAUGCCCAUAUUAAAGGAGACUAUCAGCGGAUUGGUGAUAUUCUCCUUAAAAACAUCCAGGGCCUGAGGCAGUUGACGGUGCACCUCCAGAAACACUCAGAGUGCCUUGUGGAACUGGAACGGGCCAGUAGGUCCAGCCGGAGGUUGGAGACGCUGUGCCGGGACUUUGAGCAGCAGAAGGCCUGCUACCUGCCCUUCAACAUCUUCCUCCUCCGGCCCCUCCACCGCCUGCUGCACUACAAGCUCAUCCUGGAGAGGCUCUGCAAGCACUACCCGCCCACCCACGACGACUUCAGGGACUCAAGAGCGGCCUUGGCCGAAAUCUCAGAGAUGGUGCUGCAGCUCCAAGGCACCAUGAUGAAGAUGGAGAACUUCCAGAAACUUCUGGAGUUGAAGAAAGACCUGACAGGCAUUGAAAACCUGGUCAUCCCAGGAAGGGAAUUCAUCAGGCUCGGUUGCCUCAGUAAACUCUCAGGGAAAGGCCUUCAGCAAAGGAUGUUCCUCCUGUUCAGUGAUUCCUUGGUGUACACAAGUAGAGGGAUGACCCCGUCCAACCAAUUCAAAGUUCACGGCCAGCUGCCCCUUUAUGGCAUGACGAUCAGAGAGAGUGAGGAGGAAUGGGGCGUCCCUCACUCUUUUACCCUGUUUGGACAACGCCAGUCUGUGGUGGUGGCAGCAAGCUGUGCGUCAGAGAUGGAGAGGUGGGUGGAGGACAUCAGGAUGGCCAUCGACCUGGCGGAGCAGAGCAGCAGUCCCCACGCCGACCUGCUCUCCACCAGCCUGACCGACAGCAAACUGUCGGAGGAUGGAGGAGCUGAGCAGGAGUCGGAGGAGGAGCUCUGCGGCUCACGCUCAUCCCUGGAGCGUCACGGUCACCGUGGCAACACCACCAUGCACGUCUGCUGGCACCGCAACACCAGCGUGUCCAUGGUGGACUUUAGUGUCGCCGUGGAGAACCAGCUGUCAGGUAACCUGCUAAGGAAGUUCAAGAACAGUAACGGCUGGCAGAAGCUUUGGGUCGUCUUCACGAACUUCAGCCUCUUCUUCUACAAGUCGCACCAGGAUGACUACCCUCUGGCCAGUCUUCCUCUGCUGGGGUACUCUGUCACCGUCCCGUCCGAGUCGGAGAACAUCCACAAAGAUUAUGUCUUCAAACUCCAUUUUAAGUCCCACGUCUACUACUUUAGAUCAGAGAGCGAGUACACCUUCGAAAGGUGGAUGGAGGUGAUCCGCAGUGCCACCUGCUCCGCCAGCCGCUCCCUGCCGGCCACCAGGAAAGACCUUUACUGACAGAUCUGACUUCAGCCCUCAUGUUCACACCUGCUGGCCCGGUCACAGACACUCACCUGAAUGAAGAUGUGGACGCUGGUCUGCCAAAACUCUGGGAAACACCCCUACUGACACAGCAGGCAUUCAGAUCAACAUCAAUGAACAUUUCUGAGUAGUUAUUUGGAUCAUACGCCUUUCGACUCACUUCACAAGCCCAGUCAAAGGACCCCAACUUCACCUCCGUCCCCUCCACCUCCUCACUCAUGCACACACAUAUGCUGCUUACAGCUGAUUUUUUAAAAAGCUACAGUACUUUUUACAUCACUGGUGCUGAGCAUAGGCAGUCUCUCUAUAACGGCAGUUGUCCUUUAUGUAAUUCUUUUGAUAAUUUUACAGAUUUUCUGCGCCAGCCAAGUGGCAGCACACCGUCUUGCUGUCCAUGUUUACCUUCCCCCCGUGCUUUGUUGACUUUAUUUUAAGAUUGCACAACCGAGUGUGUUCACAUGCACACCAAUAGGCCUUUUCAAGUCACCUGCACAUCCUGUUUACAAUAGCGUCGGGGAAGAUUUUAUCCAUAUGAAAAGCCUAAAUACAUUACUUGAGUUUUAUCAAUAUGGGAUAUUCAUGUAGUCUGUUCUAUUUCUGCAAUGGUUUAUAAUAUUAUUGUUGUAUACAAGUAUAUUUAUGAUAUGGAUAAAAGGUGUACAUACAUAGCUUCAAUAAGACCUGAACCCGGAUUAGAGAGUGGAAUACUGUGUGCAUGUGAACACACUCAAUGUGAUUAUUUUUGUUUGUAUGACAAUCUACACAUAAUGAAUACAUGUGAUACCAGUUUGGACAUAAUUACGAAACACAUCUUUUGCUUUUAUAGGGCAACAUUUUGUACAGUCCUUUGAUACACUGUGAAACGUUCUCUGCUUUAUUAUCUCAAUUUUGGUUGCUACUUGUUUUCCUGUGAGUCCUGCCUUCUUUACGCUGGCAAAAAAUUUUCCAGAACACUUUCUCUACUUCCAGGGCCGACAAGAGAUUUCAGUGGUUCAUUGCCAAAUAUCUUCUCCUCUGUAUUCCUGUCCUAAAGGUUUCUGGAUUUUACUGUUUUAAAUAAAGAUGAGUAAAGAUUGUGUUAA